AAAGGUUCGCAGAGAUUCCGCAGAAAAAUCGAUAUCAUCACCCGUUUUCACAGGUAAAAAUAAUAGUGUCGCUUACAUCAACAAAUGGUCACAGUGUCAACGGAGACGUAUGAUUACAGUUGGAAAAAACCCAGGGCGGAUGCAUACGGUGUUUUAUCGGGGGACAUUAGCUUAUGAAGUGGUCAUAAAUGGCGGUUAUCUAGCUAUGGAGCAGUAAAAUGUGCAGUUACAACUGGCAAUAACUUGACAAUUUAUUGUUCAAGAUAUGAACAUAUGUGUGGUUAUAUAAAUACGAACAUUUUGAAUUGUGGGAAUUGGAAGCAAAUACUGGUUUUCAAAGAUGAUCGAGAAUGUCCAGUGCGAAGAGAUGCGAACCAUUUUCUGGUCCAACUAAUGGUCCCUUUUACAGCCGCUACACUGAACAUAAAGUUGUCUUCAACUUCCAUGCCCCAACACCACCGUCACCACAUAGACCUUUGUCGGCAGAUAACCCGUCUUCUUCUUCUCCUUUGACAUUGAAAAAUAAUGACACUCAAAGUUUACGACAAGCUACAAAAGAAUUAGGCAGUCCCUCAUCUCAUAGAAAACUUUGUGAGCAAAGAAGUUACUCUGCUGGUGAAUCACCACUCGAUUUUUCAUACCCUGUGUCACGUGACAAUUCCUCUGACGGACUAUUUUCGUCAUACUCUAACAGUCCUACAGAGUUCCGUGCAAUAUCUCCAAAACCAUUACUUUACGACAGUCCGCUAUCAGUUUUUCGUAGCGGUUCAAUAGAUAGUAGUUACAUAUCGUCACCAAGAAGUGGUAGUUCUGUGGACUCGGCAAAAGAUCGGAGAUUUGCAUUCUCUGAGAAAAACUCUGUAAUAAAUAAUCAAAAACCAAAGUCCAAGUUUGCAAACGUUAUCAAUAAACACUCGGUAUCAAUUUUUGCAGCUGCUGCUUUCAAAGGUGCGCAUGAAAAACUGCGGACAAAGAAACUGACAGUUUCUUGUCCAGAGUUAGUGCAAGAAAGAAAAUCCUCAGCACCUCCAGUAAAAGUUAACAACAGUGUCUCCGCUCUGGAUAGCCUAGCUAAGAAAGAGUCUGAUCAGCAAUCAAAAAGCAAAAAUCUUAAAGUUCCAGAUAUUUUUACCACAUCUUUUACACAUUCAUUAUCAACCGAGACAAAACCUACUUUACAAAAAUCGUCUCUAAGUUUACAAGAGUACCCAUCAUCCUUGAAAAGCGGCGAGAAAACCCAUUUUCAGCGUGCACUUUCGCUUACAAAAACAAAUCAAGACGAUUUAAAAAUAAGAAGUCUGAUAUCACCAAAUAUGUACCGUGACGACCAGAUUUCUCAGGUUACAGAGUAUAUGUUUGUAGGCAGUAUAGAAGCUGCGUAUAAUGAGAGAAGACUUUGUCGUUUAGAUAUUGAGUCCUUGGUGGACAUAAGCAAUCUGAAUGAAAUGCAGGUCCCACCACAGAAGAAACUUGUCUGUCCUUGCCUGUGUCAGAUUGAGUUUAAACAUUUUCGCUCUAGGUUGAUCAUUGCUGUGCCUGACGAAGAGAACGACGGUAUUGAUCAGUAUUUUGAGGAAGUGAAUAAAUUCAUUGAAGGAGCUAGGCGGUGCUCUAAAAAGGUCCUUAUAUACAGCUACGAAGGGAAGUCGAGAGCGGCUCUAUUUGCUGUUCAAUAUCUGAUGUCAUAUGAGGGGCUGUUAUUACGUCAGGCUUACAACAUGGUUAAAAAACAAAGACCUCAAGUGUCGUUAAACCCUUCGUUUCAGAAAGCGCUAGAGAGACUUGAAAAGACGUUGUUUCCGGAUGAGAAACAUUCAGUAAAUAUUUGCAAUGAGUAUUUGAACGUGGCUGACCCCCAGGCUAUCAAAUGCGCCUGGAUAGAUUGCUAGUAUAUAAAACAUGGCAAUCAGUUGACUGAUUUUGUUGCCUUCAUUGUACAUGAAGAACGAUCAAUUUUGGUGAAUUAUAUUUAGUAAUGCUUAAUGAGGAUGGAUAUAAAAUUGAGGAUACAAUGGCGGUCAAGGGACGACAAAAAUGUGUUUUAAUGUUAAAGAUAGUAUCUUAAUGACACUUUUGUAAGAAGUUCCAAGGUGCUUCACUUAAGUGCAAUCUAUUUACGUGUUUAUGUUUUUUCUAUAAAUAGACACUUCUGAGUUUCUUCAUUACGUUGUGUGUGAAACUCUCACACGGACAAUAAAGAGUGAACAUGUAUGUUAGUGAAAAAGACUUGAAACGAUGCUAAAUGAAGAAUCAAUCUGUACAGUAUAAUAAAGUGCAUUGAAAAGCAAAAAACAUUCAAUCAUGUUGAACUUUUAAUCAAUUUUGUAUGAUAAUCAGAUUGUUUUCUCUAAAUUGCUGUUGAGAAUUCUGUGUUCAUUAACAUGGAUUACAAAUAAAAGACACUAACUGA